GGCACACAAGGAGCAAAUAUACUUUGGCUCAACGCUAAAACUCUCACGUCAAACAUAGCAACACGGCCAUCUUUAUUUUAUUUACAUCAUGGCGGAUAUUGAAUGACAACAAAAAACAGCCAUGCCAUCAGUGGUUGAAGUAAGCCAGCCAGUGGCUGUACCAACAUCCAUACAGCCUGUAAAACAGUAUUUACCUCAAGUGACACAGUUAUCAACUGCAGAAAAGACUAAUUAUCAUGGCAUUGAAGUGAUAAAUGAAAUCGUCUGGCAAGGAUGGGAGCCAGGAAGAGAAUACACCAAGAAUAUUGUUUUAAAGAAUGUGAAUGUAAAAACACAGAAAAUAAAGUACAAAGUACCAAGUACUAGAUUUUUCUCAACAUUGUAUCCAAAGCCUCUUGUGCUUAGUGCAGGAACCAGUUUCUCACUGCCUGUUACAUUCAGACCUCUCGAAAAAGUGGUUUAUAAUGAUAAAAUAGAAUUUCACUUAAAAGAUGGAUCAUUUGAAGUUCCAAUCAGAGCGGUGCUUCCACAGGUUGAUAUCUCAGUUCCAGAUUUCUUGGAUUUUAACAUGUGUGCUGCCAAAGAUGUGGUUCACACAACAUUUGAAGUCAGGAAUACGGGGGAUUUGGAAACAAAGAUUGAAUGGGAAAUUAAGUCACCAUUUACAAUAGAACCCAGUGCUGCAAUCCUAAAAUCUGGUUCUGUCAGACAUUUCAAGGCAACAUUUACACCAAUUACCGCCUGUGUUUAUCAAGGAGAGGCAGUAUGUAAAUAUGGACCGGAACUCACACAUGGAAAAGUAACAAAACUGGAAGGAAUAGGAAAAUAUCCACACAUUUUGGUCUCUGCGCUUGGAAAGCCUUCUAGCAGUCUGAACUCUUCAAACCAAGAAGAAGAGAUAAAAUUUUCCUCUACUCCUGUUGGAUCUACUGUACAGAAAUGGGUGGAACUCCAUAAUUUAGCCCCUGUUCGUGCUCCAUACAAGGUACAGCAUCCCUCCAAAAUGAGCCGCAUCGACACUGUGUUUGCCUGCCCACAAGACGAGGGGAUUGUCCCACCCAUGAGCUCAGUCCGCAUCCCAGUAACAUACAGUCCAAACACAGUAGACACCACCUCUACUGAUUACUUCAAUGUUGUUACUAUUGGAAAUAUCAGCAAAGCAGUCAUCAAAUGUGUUGGAUCUUCUAAAGGUCCUACAGUUCAUCUUGGAGCAAAGAAUGUCAAUUUCAUGCAGAUAGAUCUGGGAGCUGUGGCCACUAGGACAGUGGAUAUCAUCAAUAGUUCAGAUAUAGAGGCCACAUUUCAGUUUAUGCUGGACUGUAAUGAAAGUGUGUUUAAGCUUGAGAAGACAUCAGGAGUGAUACGACCCAACACAACAGUGACAGUCGUUAUGAAGUUUGUCCCCCAGCAUCCCAUCAACUACUACAGGAGGGUCACUUGUAUGAUUCACAACCAGGGUCCCUUGCUUUUGGACCUUCUCGGAACAUGUCAUGCAGAACUUGUCAAACCAGCAGUCCUGCUGUCCAGACAUCUAGAUAACUACAAGUGUCAUGUAGAGAGAGGACUAUCUGUCUAUCCACCAGAGCAACUAAAUGAGAGCUUAAAAACAGGAAAACUGGAGUUAGAUGAUGCUGGAUGUCUGAUGAUUCCUGAGAAAUCCGAGACAGACACUGAGCCUACACUUUCUGUUGUUCCUCCAAUGGAUGAGUACUUCAACGAUGGCUUUCACUGUGAUAUCAAUAGUUCUGUUCCACAUGUCAGCAUAGACACAAACAUUGCAGACUUCGGACAGUGUUCCAACAUGAGAACUAUAGAAGAUAAGAUAAUCAAUGUAACAAAUCACACGUACGGCAAGGUGACCAUUCAGUGGAAUUGUGGGAAUGAUAAAACAUUUUCUGUCAUGCCAGCAACUAUGGACAUCCCUCCUCUAAAGUCCUGUGCUUUCCAAAUCACCUUCAAACCUACUGUCCCUAACCAGUUUUAUGGAGCAGAACUGGAAUGUUUUGCUUACUACAAGAGUUUAAGAGAUUAUCGUUUGGUGGAGGAUAACACUCACUGCCCCCCUUGGUGCCUCACUCUCACCUGCACAGGUCAAACAUUCCAGCCAAACAAUGAGACGUUCCUGCCACGUUUGUGUUUCGACACGACACGUCUUGUUUUCCCUGCGGUAAACACUAAAGAAUCCACCUACAGAACUCUGCUGUUGACCAACAAUGGCACCACACCCAUACUGUUUGACAUUCAGAAAGAUCCCUCAAAUACGUAUACUGUAAAACCAAGCAAAGCUUUGCUGAAAGGACAGCAGCAGGUGUUUGUGGUCAAGAUAACCCCCAAUGAAGUGAAGCACUAUAAGCAUGACCUGACCUUCAGACUCAACGAUGAUGAAAAAUACAACAAGUGUGUUGAGUUAUGGGGCUCAGCAGAAUCACCUGAAGUUGUACUGGAUACAGAGGGAGUUAUGUACUUCAAGCAGACCUGUAUUGGAACCUCCUCUACUAAAGACUACACCAUCAAAAACAUAUCUAGAAUACCACUCAGAUUUGAAUGGAAAAUGGUGCACAAGGACAAGCAACUGUUGUCAGUCACUCCAUCUUCAGGCAUUAUUCAGCCCAAUGAAUCACAGGCCCACAGGUGGUCGUUUGUACCUGCAGCUGAGGAGAAGUAUGUUAUGAAGCCCUAUCUGAUAGUCUGGGGCCAGGGAUUCCACAGUUCCUCAUCAGGAGGCAAGAAAAAGCAGUUCACGGUCCGCGCCAUAGGGGAAGGCUCCAUUGGAGACAUCAAGGCUGAUAACACGUACAUUGACUUUGGUGAUGUGGUGGUGGGAAGCUCCACCUCUAAGAUGAUCAGCAUUGUCAAUAACAGUACCUGUAGUCUCCAUUACUGCCUGAUUGUCGACCAGACAAUGGAUGGACCAUACCCAGAGGAAAUCACUAAGGAUGACAAACUUGCCUUGAUUCUGGACAGAACAGAGGGAGUGCUACCUGCCAGGUCUAGACAUAAGAUCCUGGCUACAGUCAAACCAAUCAGGAGAGUCAACUAUCAGUUUGCCAUCUCCUACAAACUUGUCACCCCACAAGGUCAAGUGGUAGAUUCCAAGUUGCAGGAGCCUCAGCAUUUGUGUCACAUACUGACUACAGGCGUGUUCCCAGUGAUGGCCGUCACUGAUGCUCGAUGUUACGGCAGUGCAGUAGGCAUCAGUAAAAAACAACUCUGGUCACUCUUCUCACUGGACAAUUUGAACUUGUGCCUGGAUUCUGAUCCUUCUGCAGAAGAACUUAGAUACAGUGUUGCCACAAGACACAGUCAUGCUAGAAGACCUCCAGUGUACACUAGAGCCAUCAUGGACUUCAACUUUAGUGCUGCCCCACUGGAUAGUGAGCCGUGUGUUGUAAACCUGAUGUUUGAAAACACUGGAACAGUGGCCACUGAAUGGUCCUUCCUGUUCCCAUGUGAUCUUCAACUUGAGCUGGAAUACUGGGCAGAAACUGGAGAGUUUGAUGAGGAUGAACUUCAUGAGAUGAAGGUGAUGGACAACAAGCUUUUUGCCAUUGAGCCUCAGCAAGGUAAACUGGAACCUGGCGAGUGUAAGACGGUGACCUUCACCUACAGACACACCAUUGCAGGGACAGACAGACUUCCUGUUCUCCUCAAACUGGCCAGGGGCAGAGAAAUACUGCUGAAUUUCAUUGGAGUUACUGUGGAACCAGAGAGGAAAUACAUCCACUUCCCGUCCAACAAACACAUGUUUACACCUGUUGCUGUCGGUGAAAAAGUCAGUCCUAAACAGGUGUAUGAGUUAUAUAAUGGUGGAGCUACACCCGUCAGGUUCAACUUUGACCUGGCCCCUCUAGAACUCCUACGCCAGGAGAACUUUGACCAGCCCAUCUUUGAGUGUCUGACACCCAUUGGAGAAAUUCCACCAGGCAGAUCUUACUCCGUGGAAUGGAGAUUCUCUCCAAUUGAGGCCAAGACAUACAUGAUUGAUGUUCCAGUCCAUGUUCACAAUGGAGACACGGCCAUUGUGACAUUUACUGGUGUGGGCUUUGACAGACGGGUGAUGGGGGAUACCAUGCCAAUCACAGACCAGCAGGAUAUGACAGGAGUCCCGGGGGUCCAGAGUGUGUCUGUUCCAGGACAGCUGAUGUACCUAUCACAAGAGAGACUGUCCUUUGGAAAUCUGCCCCUAUUCAGUCGAGCCAGGAGGAUGGUGUUUGUUACAAACAAGGCUAAGGAUCGGGAUGUUUCAUUUGAGUGGCAUGUCACUUCACAAGCUGAUGCCCAGUACCUGUCAAUCUCCCCAGUGAGAGGUAGACUGUCCCCCGGGGAGAGCCGUAUGUGCCGGGUUGUCUUCAUCGCCUGUGGAGUCCCAUCCUUCUAUGACCUGGAUCUGGUUUGUGAAGCUACUGAUGAACUAGAGAUGGACAAAUAUAAGAAGGAACUGGCUGCAUGGGAGAAAGAAAAAUACAGACAGAAGUAUGAGUUCUGUAUCACUGAGAAUGAUCUGGAUGCUGACCAGAGGCUCUCAGACAAUGUGGAAAUUGUGGAACGAUCCUCAAGUCGCCUCAAGUCUAUGGAGGAGAAAAAGAUGGAAGUAGAAGGAGAACUCACUAAAUACAAGACACUUCCACCAAUAAAACAGCUGUCUCCUGACGAAAGGAAAGUUCUGGAGUCCAGGAAGAAGAAGAAGGAGAAUGAGUUAUGGGAGAAACCCUCACCCCCAGUCCCCUUUCUCUUACACCUGGGGCUGACCGCCAGGACCCACGACAUCAGGGAGUUCCAGUCCACAUUCCCCGAGGAGUACAGGAACUUCUUCAUUGACAGGUCAAUGAGUGAGAGAGUAAGCAAGAGUGCUGGUAGAAAGCAGGCCUUAGUUGAGAGUACCUCUACUAUUAUACCCUGCAGUACUGGAGAGGCAGAUGUCAUAUCAGGGGUUCUCAGCAAUGUUCUGAGAGGUUUAUUAGAUGACACCUUUUUCCAUGAAGCUGUUAAAAAAGUCAUCAAUGAUGACAUUCCAUUGUAUGCUCAAAUUGGAGAGAGACCCGCCACAGCCCCACCGGUAGAAAUGAGGGCGGGGCCCAGCGGGAAGACCAAGUCGACCCAGGAGGAUUCCCCCCGGGAGGAUGUCAGUCGUGUGUCCUCUGCCACACUUCCUGUCUCUCCUGAGGCCACGCCCCCUUCAUCAGCUGGCAGUAAAAAGAGUCAGAAGAGUGAAAAGAAGAAGUCAAGAAAAUCAAAGACCCCAGUAAAACACACAGUUGAAGAAGUGGAAAAAGUAAAGAAAGAAGGAGAAAAAAUAAAGGAAAAACAAAAUGUCAAAAAGGUACCCGAGUUUGGCAAUGCUGCAGAAUCAAUAAUCGAGAACACGCUGCUGAACAUCGUAACAGAGGCAUUAUCUGAGGAAUUCAGCAUUACUGCUCGACCACGAUUUAUCGCUUUACCCAAGAGAACAGCAUCAGCCAAAAGCAGACAGUCCAACCAAAACAAUGCCAAGAAAAACUAAGUUAUUAAAUUAUUCAGCAUAAUGCUGUGUAUUUAAAAAAACAAACAGUUUGCACCAUUGAUCUGUAACACUGUACUGAAACUUUAAAAUAUGUGUUGCUUGACUUUUUUUAUGAGGAAAGCUUGGAUUUUUUUUUUGAGUGAAAGAUAAAAAAGCAUUUACAUAUAUUGUUUAAUUUAAGAUUUUAUAUUUACUGUAUGAAUACCUGAAUAUACUUUAAAAAGUUUUGAGGAAAACAAGUUAAGAGAACUUCUCAGAAAAAAUGUGAUAUUUUUAUAAUAAUGUUUUGUUGUACUCUUGUUGAAUUUGUAUUUAUGUAUCUCUGUGUCUCUGCUCCGUCCAUUGGCAAAUUAGUUUCAAUAAACAUGUGAUACCUUU